UGUCCUAAUGUGACAGUUGCUGACACCAGCUGUACUGUGACACUCCCCAGAGAUGUGUACAACAUCUCUAUCACUCAGUCCAAUGACAUUGGCUCUACUGCGGACAGUGCAAGUUUUGAUAUGGCAGUGCUAGUUGUAUCAGAGCAAAUUUCCUUCAUACUAAACACCCAAUUGUUGUUUAUUGUCACUGUGAGAAGAAACUGACUGUGUCCAGAGACUAAGUCUCCUGUUCUGGUAACAUUUGGAACCAGAGCACUGACUGGAGGAGAGUGUGAGAUC